AUGACAUCGACCUUGGGGAGGACAAGAUGGCAGCGUUGCGUUGUCCAGCUGACAAAUGCUAAAAGAAUUCCACGCCGAAGCCAGCAUACCCAAGGAUAUCAAUCUGUGGGAUCCUUUCACUCCGAUGAUCUUGGAAUGCUCAUGUCGUUAUCAGACGAAGAAUACCAAGCCCCACCCUUACCGGUUGCCGUCGAAGCUGCAAACGAAAAAUCACCAUCUUUACAGGAGGAUGGAUCCGAUUUUUUGCUGGAUCGAGAAAAUUGGACAUUUCUUAAUCAUGGGGCCUUUGGUGCUGCCUUGAAAGUUGGCCAUCGCCGUGCAGAACUCUGGAGAUGGCACCUGGAGCAGCAACCGCUUCGUUACUUUGACAGAGACCUUUUGCCCAAUCUGGCAUAUGCCACGAGGCGGUUGGCGGCCUUUUGCUCGGAGAGCCGCAACAAUUCUGACAAGCAAGCUAGGGUACGGCAAGGCAUUACUCUCAUCCAGAAUGCCACGGCUGGAUUGAAUUCUGUGUUGAAAGGAUAUCGAAGAGUGUAUGGACCUGAUUCCCGCGUAAUUCUUUGGGAUACUAGCUAUGGGAGUCUCAAAAAGCUUGCGGCCCACGUCUUUGAGCCCCAUCAAAUAAUCGAGAUUCCCUUCCAGAGCACAUACAUGAGUCGGUUUGCUGAGAACGAUCCACACCAAGUAUUCUUGGAGGCUUUGGACGACACAAUUCACCGACACGAUUGUGCCACAAUCGGCCACUGUCUUCUAGUUCUUGACCACACUACAUCCAACACUGCCAUCAACAUGCCCAUCGAAGAAAUCGCAUCACACGUUAAGCAAACCUACGACAACAUACAGGUAGCGGUGGAUGGUGCACAUGGAUUAUUGGCUCAAAAGGUCGAUUUGGAAGCCUACUGUGGCCCUGGAGGUACUACUUCUAACAAUAUCGACUAUUACGUGGCGAAUGGACACAAAUGGCUCUCCUGUCCACGUGGUGUGGGAAUGCUAUUCUGUCCGGAUGCCGACCUUCGGGAAACAGUCCUGGCGGAACCAGCCAUUAUUUCGCAUGGCGUUGACGAAACUGACUUGCUGAGUCGAUUUGUAUGGGAUGGAUGUCGAGACUAUGCGGCUGCCUUGGCACUGCCAGCUGUCUUGGAUUACUGGGAGGCUCGCAAUGUAGAUUCGGUACGGUCGAACAUGAAACAUUCGCUGGUGGAGGGGAUACAAUGUCUAGCAGAUCACUGGCAUGAUUCCAGUUGCGGAGAAACUGACUGGUUGCGAGCAGGGAUCACGCUAGUCCCCACAAGCUUGUUAGGACCAAUGGCUCUGGUUCGGCUUCCCAGAAUCAUUUGUGGAAGUCCCACUGACAUCAAGACAUCAAAGGAGGCCAAGGAGAUCCAAGACUUUCUAUUUGAUCAUCACAUUGAAGUCCCCAUCAAAUGCAUUAAUGGAGAGCUCUUUGUGAGAGUGUCUUGUCAUGUGUACAACGAGGUGGCUGAAUUUGACAGACUUGCCAAAGUCAUCCUCACUUUUCCAAACUAA